CUAAAAGAAAGUAAUCCAAUUGUUAUUGAUAGAUCUGCAGCAGCAAUAUCAAAACAACAACUUUGACAACUCUGACACCCGCCAAUCCGAUUCAUGAAACUAAAAUUACGCUAAAGAAUCUAAUCCUGUAUCAGUGACGCAAGAAUCCAUUUUCUCUUUAAAAAGAAAGAAAGCCAACUUUUUUUGAUUGUAUUCCUGCUGUUGACAUUAAUUUCUUGGGAUUUUAUUUCUUUUCUCUUCGUAUACAAUUAUUGAAUAAUAAGAGAAAGUGCCGUAUUUCUGUUCUAUUUAUAGACGACACCCUGGCUGCUGUUAGCAAUAUAGUUCUUGAAGAAGAGGAGGAAGAAGGAGAGAGCGUGUCUCUCUUGGUAGGAGCAGAAGAUAAUCAUAAUCAUAAUCAUAAUCCUAAUCAAAAUCAAGAGCAGAGAACGACAAUGGAUGGUGAUAGAGAUGAUUCUUCUUCCUGGCAAGGAAAAGUACAUGAUGAAGAAAAGCUAGCUGUUCAGAUACCUGAGACUGCUCAUCAGAUUAGCAGUGAUUCAUGGUUUCAAGUCGGUUUUGUGCUUACGACUGGUAUCAACAGUGCCUAUGUACUAGGAUAUUCUGGGAUAAUUAUGGUUCCUCUAGGUUGGAUAGCUGGUGUAGUUGGUUUAGUUUUAGCCGCUGCAAUAUCAUUGUAUGCAAAUUCUCUUGUUGCCAAGCUCCACGAGUAUGGGGGGAAGAGACAUAUCAGAUACAGAGAUCUUGCAGGAUAUAUUUACGGUAAGAAAGCUUAUUCUAUUACAUGGGGAUUGCAGUAUGUUAAUCUUUUCAUGAUUAAUACUGGAUACAUUAUUUUGGCUGGUCAGGCUCUUAAGGCUGUCUAUGUUCUUUAUAGGGAUGACCAUGAAAUGAAGCUACCAUACUUCAUUGCUAUUGCUGGCUUUGUAUGUACGUUGUUUGCCAUUGCGACUCCCCAUUUGUCAGCUCUAAGAAUUUGGCUGGGAGUUUCAACAGUCCUCAGCUUAAUAUAUAUCAUUGUAGCAAUUGUUCUGUCAAUUAAAGAUGGUGUCAAUGCACCACCAAGGGAUUAUAGCAUUCCAGGAUCGUCAACAGCCAAAAUCUUUACAUCAAUAGGGGGAGGCGCUAGUCUGGUUUUUGCGUUUAACACAGGAAUGCUUCCAGAGAUACAGGCAACAAUAAGGCAACCCGUUGUUAGUAAUAUGAUGAAGGCACUAUACUUCCAGUUCUCAGUUGGACUUUUACCGUUGUUUGCCGUUACAUGGAUUGGUUAUUGGGCUUAUGGAAAUUCAACAACAACCUAUUUGCUUAGUAGUGUCAACGGUCCAAUUUGGGUGAAGACAAUGGCCAAUCUUGCUGCAUUCCUGCAAUCAGUCAUUGCUUUACAUAUUUUUGCGAGUCCUAUGUACGAGUAUUUGGAUACAAAGUUUGGGAUUAAAGGCAGUCCACUGGCAAUUCGCAAUUUGUCAUUUAGAUUAGGGGUAAGAGGUGGCUACCUGGCUUUCAACACACUCGUGUCAGCUCUUCUGCCCUUCCUAGGAGAUUUCGAAAGCCUAACAGGAGCAAUCAGUACCUUUCCUCUCACGUUUAUCCUUGCUAACCACAUGUACUUGAGGGCAAAGAAUAACAAAUUGACCAAUUUGCAAAAGCUUUGGCAUUGGUUCAACGUGUGUUUCUUUGGCUGUGCGUCUCUUGCAGCAGCAGUUGCAGCUCUAAGGCUAAUAGCUGUAGAUUCCAAGAGAUACCAUGUUUUUGCAGAUUUAUGAUGAUGAUGACAACGAUGAUUGAUGGGAGAUUCAAUUAAAAUCCCCCAUUCCCAACAUAUUCCUGAUUAUUGAACGACGUUUUUAGAUUUCAUUUUGUAUUUGGCUUUAGUUUACAAUAAAUAAAAUAGUUUAUUUGUCAA